GAAAUAAAUUACAUAUAAAAAUAUUCAAUUAAAAUUUUUAAUUUUUUAGUGAAAGAUUUAGAUUUUUAAUUUAAAAAUCUAAAUCUUUCACUAAAAAAUGUAAAUUUCAAAAUUUUAUACUUUUACAAUAAGAGUGCUCAGAAAAUAAGUGGAAGUUAUUUAAUUACAAUUAUUUGUAAUUCACGCUUCCAUUCAUAAUUCAACCCCCAAUUACGUACUGAAUUAAUUGAUUCGCAAUACAAAAUUUCUGCUGCGAAUUACACAAGCUGUACAUAAUUCAGUUUGAAUUACGAACGAAUUACUGUCAUUUUUAUCAAAAUCAACUGUUUGUUUUCAUUGGUUGGACACAAAAAAAAAAAAAAAAUAAAAUUACAAACAAAUGCAAAUAACUAGAGUAUUUAUCAAAAUCAACUGUUUGUUUUCAUUGGUUGGACACAAAUAAAAAAUAAAAUUACAAACAAAUGCAAAUAAAUAGAAAAUAUAUACCUUAAUUAGUUAAAAUAAUGUAACAAACGUAUUUUGUAUUAUACACAAACACUAAUAUUCCAAAAAAUUACAAAAUAAUGAAAAAAAAAAGAAAUGGCGAUGAACUGUCAAAGCGAAUGUUUCGAAAUAAAGGGUUAAUGGCUAUCACCAUUCAGAGGCCGAAUUAAGUAAGUCAACAAAUAUUUCCAACAUCGGGAUAUUCUCACAAUAAUAAAAUUUUUUAAUAAAAUUUUUUUAAUAAUUGAAAAUAUGUAAAUUAAAAACUAAGUUUUUCGCUAACUAUACACAUAUAUGUGAGUACAUUAACUAAUUGCUAAGGAUUCGAUUUUAUCAUUAAUGUUCGACAAAUUAAAGUGAAGAAUUGCAUGUGGGCAUUUCCAUAGAGCUAUUAGCAGUAAAAUAUAAUAUUAAAACAAGAUUAUCAAAAAGUGGCUUUUAUGAAAAGCUUUACGAGAUAAUCAAAUUUUUGUAUUACUUGUCCACCUAUUUUUGUAUUAAAUAUUCAUGUUGAUACUAAAGUGGCUCCGAAAAUAAUUGAAUUGAAAAAAUAUAUAUAUAUAAAAUUAUAUAUAUAUUAUUUAGAUAUAGUACUCAGAGCACAUAAAUAAAAACACACAUUAAUUUUUUAUCUAGAUUGAUACCACAUUAUCAUUUACUACAAGACCGGCAUAAAUCAAAAACUCCUUUUUGAUUAAAGCAGCAAAGGUUUCUCAUUUGAACUUAAACAAAAUUUUUACUUAUCAAAUAUACGUUAAAAUUUGUGUGUACUAAAAAUCAAUCACACAUCGAAAAAAAUAUAUAAACUUUUGAAAAUAUCUUAAACGCAGUUAAAAAAAAAAAAAUCGAAUUUUGGAAUAUGACAGUCCUGCAGUAAAUGAACGAUAAAGAGUGUGCUAGAUUCACAUGUUACUAGCAAGCCAAAAAAUAAAAAGUCGACUGCUUUCAAGUUAGAAACACUUUUCGCACAAAAUUUUGAAAUAUGACCAAACUAAAAGUCAAGCGUAUUGAACAAUAUUCCAUUUGGAUACUUUUAAGCAUGUUUGAAUAUGGACGUGCGCUAGAUAUAUUUGAUUGUCGUUUAGAUCGCAAGAACAUUGUUGUGUAUGCUGGCAACAAAUGGGUAAAUAUCGGAAGGACAAUUGUGCAUUUCAUAAUAAUUAUUGCAUAUUGGGACGUUAUGCCAUCAGUUUAUUUUGAUUUCCAAAUAACGCCAAGCAAUUUUCUGCGUUUAUUUUCGAUACAGCAAAUCAUUUCUGUGGCUUUAUUAAGCACGGCACUACUUAUAUUGAGAGUACGAGAUAAUGGAAAGUUAAUUAAAAUAAUAAAUCGAUUUUUAAAACUAAAUAAAGGAAUUGCAGCAAUAACAAAUAAAAACACUUUAUUCUGUAAGCAGUUCUUGAUAUUAUCUUGUUUGAAAGGUAUCAUCACUAUAUUGGGUUACGUGAAUGAAUUGCCUACCCUUCUAAAUCUUGAAUCGACAAAUUUAAACAAAUGGUUUAGUAUGACCAUUGCAGUCUUUCUAUGGCUGGGUUCUAUGUUUGUAUUAGAUGCAUGUUAUAUUGGAUUUCUAAUAAUGUCACUUAUGUACGAUAACUUGGGAAGCUAUUUGCAAACUAUUAUAAAAAAUAUGAAAAGUAUUGAAACUGGAAAUAAAUGUGGGACUUCACUUACAAAGUAUCAUCGUUUAAGAUUGGUAUGUGAUUAUUCAGAUAAGUUGGAUAGUGUUGAUCAAAUAUAUAGCUGUAUAUACAGGAUCAGCAAGGAAUAUAUACAUAUUUUUCAAUGGCCUGUUUUGUAUUACAUUUAUUACAACUUUAUGAUAAUUUUUCUGUUGCUAAAUCAUAGCAUCUGGCAAUAUAUUCGCAAUGGAUAUGUCGAUAUUAUAAAAAUAUUUAUGGUUAUAGUAAAAAUUUCAAACCUAGCAUUGAUCAUAAUGUGUGCGAAUCACGUCGUUGACAAAUCAGAGAUUCCAAACCAACUUAAUCUUGAUAUCGUCUGUUCAGACCUUGACAUGCGAUGGGACAUAAGUGUGGAAAGAUUCCUCAGCCAGCGCAAAGCAGAAAACCUCGAGAUUAAUAUUUUAGGUUUUUUUAUUCUCAAUAAUCAAUUUAUACUUUUAAUAUUAUCUGCAAUCAUUUCCUAUUUGUUCCUGAUCAUCCAAUUCGGAAUGAAUGGUGGAUUAUAAAAAAUAAACAUAAACAAGUAAGAGUGCUAUAUUCGGCUGUGCCGAAUCUUAUAUACCCUUCACCAUAGUGUAUUUCAAACAUCUUUUAAAAAUUUUAAAUUUUUUCCCGACUACAUUAUUAUUACAUCAAAAGCUAAGCAAAAAGAACAACAACAUGCAUGCCUUGAAUUAUCAGACUCCUAGUAAAACAAAAGUACAAUUGAAAUAAAACGUCAAACAUUAAAACUAAAUUGAGAAAUAAUUUAAAAUUUAUUUAAACAAGUAUAAAGUUAUAGUCGGGCGAGGCCGACCAUAUAAUACCCUACACCUGCAUACGAAUAAAAUGUAAUUUAGUUUUCAUAAUAAAGCAUUUAAGUUGAAUUGCACCUCGCCUCUGAUAUACAUAUGCUAUUUUUUGUUUAAUAAAACUGUGGAUAUUUACGUAAAAUUUUGAUGGGGGCUAUAAUUAUAUAUGUAGUUCAUCAGGGUCAUCAAGGCUAGUAUAGAACUUGGUUUUGCAGCUUU